CUCCCGCCUGCCGGAGAACCCAGCCCCAGGCUGGGCCCUGGGAGGCGCCCGCCCACUGCAGCACGCCCCGCCCCCGCGCCCCGCGCCCGUCCUCACGCCCCGGUCCCGCCCCGCGCCCGCCCUCGCGCCCCGCGCCCGUCCUCCCGCCCCGGUCCCGCCCCCGCGCCCCGCGCCCCGGUCCCGCCCUCGCGCCCCGCGCCAGUCUUCACGCUUUGGUCCCGCCCCGAGGCCCGGCCUGGCGCCCCCGCCCCGGAUUUGAAAUCUAGGUCUUCCUGAGAGUUCGCGGGCUUCCGCUCCCAGCGCGGGAUUCUGGAGGUAAAUUGAGGGAGACUUGGAAACCGCGCCAGGCCCAACGGGUACCUAGAAGGGAGACAAAGCCAGGCCUCCUGUCCAGUUUGAGCUCUGGGAAGAAGAGGAGCAGGCUGGGACGCCCCCGAGGUAUCCCAGAGGUGACAGAACGUGAUCUGGGCCCGGAAGGGGAAGAAUUCGGGAAAGGCAACGUGGGGCAUUCCAGUCGUAAUUGAUAGAAAUAUUACAUGGGAUAGGAUUUAUUCUCUCCACACUUCUGAACCAAUGAAUAGAAAAUGGGAAGCAAAACUGAAGCAAAUUGAAGAACGAGCAUCUCAUUAUGAGAGGAAACCGUUGUCCUCAGUGUAUAGACCAAGAUUGUCCAAGCCAGAAGAACCACCCUCCAUUUGGAGACUAUUUCAUCGACAAGCUCAAGCUUUUAAUUUUGUUAAAAGCUGUAAAGAGGAUGUUCAUGUAUUUGCUUUGGAAUGCAAAGUGGGAGAUGGACAACGUAUUUACCUUGUGACAACCUAUGCUGAAUUUUGGUUUUACUAUAAAUCCAGAAAAAAUCUCUUACACUGCUAUGAAGUUAUUCCUGAAAAUGCUGUGUGCAAGCUUUAUUUUGAUUUGGAAUUUAACAAACCUGCCAACCCAGGAGCUGAUGGGAAAAAGAUGGUUGCAUUACUCAUUGAGUAUGUGUGUAAAGCACUUCAAGAGUUAUACGGUGUUAAUUGCUCAGCUGAAGAUGUUUUGAACUUGGAUUCUAGCACUGAUGAAAAAUUCAGCCGGCAUUUAAUAUUUCAGCUCCAUGAUGUGGCAUUUAAAGAUAAUAUUCAUGUUGGUAAUUUUUUGAGAAAAAUUUUGCAGCCUGCUCUUGACUUGCUUGGCAGUGAAGAUGAUAGCGCUCCAGAAACAACAGGCCACGGAUUUCCCCAUUUUUCGGAAGCACCUGCAAGACAAGGAUUUUCUUUCGACAAAAUGUUCACAGAAGAGGCUACAGAGGAAAGCUGGACAUUGAAUUCAAAGAAACUGCAGAGGCUGGGAUCAGCUGAGCAAAGCAGUCCUGACCUUUCAUUUCUAGUUGUGAAGAAUAACAUGGGAGAGAAGCAUCUUUUUGUAGAUCUCGAGACAGGAUCUACUAUGUUGCCCAGGCCUCAAGCGAUCCUCCUGUCGUGGCCUCCCAUAAUGCUGAGAUUACAGGCACAAGCCACGGCACCUGGCGUGGCUUUUGUGUUUAGAUCUACAGUCCACUUGGAAAGGAUUUGCUUCUUGGGAGUUUAUACAAGAAAUAGAAACUUUCGGCUAUAUAAAUCAUCAAAAAUAGGAAAGCGUGUGGCUUUGGAGGUUACUGAAGAUAACAGAUUUUUUCCUAUACAGUCAAAAGAUGUUUCUGAUGAAUAUCAGUAUUUUCUCUCUUCCUUGGUCAGCAAUGUCAGUUUAAAUAUGAAUCUUACAGAGGUGGAGGGUUCUUCUACUGAAUACGGUCACCUUGUCUUUUGUGUAUUCCAAGUAAAUACCAGGUUCUCAGAUACUUUACAAAUUCUUACAUGUGACCCAUCUCAGAAUAAACAAAAAGGAGUUGGAUAUUUUAACAGUAUCGGCACUUCAGAAACCAUUGAAGGUUUUCAGUGUUCUCCCUAUCCUGAAGUUGAUCAUUUUGUUCUUUCUUUGGUGAAUAAAGAUGGCAUUAAAGGAGGAAUUCGGCGUUGGAACUACUUUUUCCCAGAAGAAUUACUGGUUUAUGAUAUUUGUAAAUAUCGGUGGUGUGAAAACAUUGGAAGAGCCCAUAAGAGUAAUAAUAUAAUGAUUCUAGUUGAUCUGAAAAAUGAAGUUUGGUAUCAAAAAUGUCAUGACCCUGUAUGUAAAGCAGAAAACUUCAAAUCUGACUGUUUCCCAUUACCUGCUGAAGUAUGUCUCCUGUUUCUUUUCAAAGAGGAAGAAGAGUUUACAAGAGAUGAAGCAGAUGAAACUAGGAGCAAUGAAACCCAGAAUCCUCAUAAAUCAUCACCUAGUAGGCUGUCAACAGGUGCAUCUGCUGAUGCUGUCUGGGAUAAUGGCAUUGAUGAUGCUUAUUUUUUAGAAGCUACUGAAGAUGCUGAAUUAGCUGAAGCUGCAGAGAACAGUCUUCUCAGUUAUAACAGUGAAGUGGAUGAAAUUCCUGAUGAACUAAUUAUAGAAGUAUUACAAGAAUAAUUCACUAUGGACACUUUUGUCACCAGGCUAUAAUUUGCCUGAUGUCUGUGAGAUUUGAUAAAUGUAUCAUUCAACCUGUUUUUAUAAACUAAGUUUUAUCACUUUGCUUUCUAGUUUUUGUUUUUUCUGUAAACCAAUUUCAUUAAAAAUUAGCUUUGGUGUACUUAAA